CAGGUUGGCAGCCAAGAAGUUAGCAUUCUUCAUGGUGAUGAUGGUGCUCUCGACGGAGUCGGCCCCGACCCCAAACCCGACCAAAGCCAGAACCAAUUCGACCUCUUGCGGUCGAGUGAGCAAUAUCAAGACGUAUAAGAUACUCAGCACCUCAACGAACAAAUUCGUCCAGCUGAAGGGGAACAAGCGGAUCGACGCCGGCGGCUCACCGUUGAAAUACGACGAUGAAACCAUGGAGUGGGAUUUCGAGUCGUUCGAGUUGAACUGCCACGGCCCCCGCAGUCCCACCGAUAACCCCGGUCCCACCGGUCCCAUUCUUCUCAUACGAAUACGGUCCAAAGCCAGCGGCCAGUAUCUGUGCUUCAGGAGGAAGGGCGAGCUGUUCCUUUGGGUGAGU